AUGGACAAGUUGCAAGAGGGUUCAAGUGUACAAAAAGAUGGUACGAGUGGUGAUUCCGCUGCUUCGCUCAGGGAAGAGACGACAAGCGGGAUCCAGGAACGUGCUUUAGGCAUGGACAAAGCUCCGUCAACCCCCCCUGCAGUGUCAACAACUCAGCCACUCACCUCCCCUCAACGCUGUAAAGACACGACGACUUGUUCUGAUAUUAGUCCGACACAAAAAGAUAUGGCACAAAUCGCGACUACGUCGGCGUCAGCGUCACGAAGUCUACAAGGAGCGUCAGUCUCGAACGAGAACACUAGCAAGGAGACUGAGCCAUCUCCUGGAUCUUUGGUGCCGUACCGCCCUUCGGAUGCUACUUCAUCAGCUUCAGGCACGACACAUUCUAUGCAGAUCGACGCGCCCUCUCACGACAAACCAAAAAAGCGUAUUUCACCUACGGUCGUCAGUGAAGCAGCAUCAACUGCGUCUGAAGAUGCGAAAGAGAAUGCGCCAGCGAACAAAAUACAGUCUUCUGAUAAGUCGCCUUUAUCUCGCAUUUCUUUGCCUCAGCAUCAAGCCCAUCAUCACGAGAUUGAACCAAAGCAGACGGCUACAUCUAAAUCGGCACAGCAACCAAGUCGUAAACGAGCGCGGAGCCCUAGUCCCGUUGAACCUGCUCCAACACCACCACCAGCACGACCGACAAUCCGUCUGGAAUUGGCGCUUACACAUAAACCUACAAGCAAAAGCGACUAUAUCUUCCAGAUCCCAAAUUUGGCCGUGGACCAGCUACAGGACCAACAUCCUGAGUGGACUGCGUGGUACAAGACGACUUAUUUGGAUCAGAGCCACGUUUCCGCAUCGCACGAGGUCGGCUUAUCAGCACAGGAGCUCCACGAUCUUGGUGGACUCGCAAAGCUUUUGCACAAAUAUCCGUCGGCAACCUCAUCCUCACAACCUGCAAGAAAAAGACGAGUGGACGAAUAUGACGUCGGCUCUUACGACACAAAGGAUCCAUUCGUUGAUGACUCAGAGCUCGGUGUUGAUGAGCCUACGCACAUUGUACGUACACGAGCUGAUGGUUUCUACGUGGCCCGAGGCCCUGUAGAGUUGGCACGAGCCAAGUCUAGCUCAGUUCCGUCAUCCCGAUCUGCCUCCUCGUUUCGCUCAAGUUUCGGAGCCAGCCUGGGCCGUGGAUGGGCUGCUGGGCGCACGAACAAGCUCUUGGCAAAACGUGCUGCAUCUCGUUCGCAACAGCAACAACCUCGACAUGAUCAGCAACCACAGCCACAGUCGCAGCAGCCGAGCCAGAAUGCUAGACAGGGUGUGCCGGGUGAAAUUUCCGACAGCACUACGGCCUCACUGGGACCAGAGACAAGGUCAGGAUCUGCAGCUUCGUUGACGUCGGGUCCUGCUCCUGGUCCUGUAGCCAGUUCGUCUUCAGCAGCGCCUCUAGCAGGGGGAUCCUCCGCCAUGUCUCUAACAGCACCCUCUUCGUCUUUGUCUUCGGCCUCGCCCUCGGCUUCAGUUUGUGCGCCUGGACUUGCCUCAUCGACUGAUAUAAUCGACAAGAAGAAAGACAAGUACCCAAAAAGACCAGUACAUCCGCAACUGCAAGCCAUGUUCGAUCAACUUAAAGCAUUAGUUAGCAAGGCUAGUUUUGCGGUCAAGACCAAAUUUCCUCCAGAGCUCAAGCCACCAUUGAUUGAGACCGCUAAGGUUGCAGUUGAAUUGGACGAGUAUAAUGAGAACUUUUUCAACUACCUUCCAUCUAUCUUUCCAUACAAUCGUUUCACCAUGAUGAAGCUGACGAAGCGUGAAUUCUUUCACAAGCACAUGGCGUAUUUUAAGGAAUUGCAGGAGGAGCAUAUCGAGAAGCUUUCGCAGCUAAUAGAAGUGCAUUUUCCUUCACAAGCAGCGGAAUACGAGGCGUUAUGUCGAGAACGAGGCGUCGAAGGGAAGGAUAACACUGACCAUGGCGCCGAUGAUGACACGGAGGCGGCACCUGAUGAGUCACGGACUAGCAUAAUACAGCCAGAGGCUGACGAUCUAGUGAAGCGGUUCCGCUGGUCGGAUGACAUGCGUGACACAUUGUUUACAAUAGUGACAGUGGAGAAUGCCAUGAGCGAAAUCCGGAAUGAGAAGUUGUACGUUUCUCGUCGGUGGCAAUAG